GAUGUCUCUUUAACCAGGUACGGAAGUGUUAGAGAGUAUGCUAUCAGGAUUGCCAGAUGGGUAGGUUUCCCGCAAAUUGGUCUAUUUUUAAUGACAGUGUUCGGGCAAAAAAUUGCGUAAUGGCUUGGGCAAUUUACUAUUAGGGUUUUAUAGUAAAAAUAACGGUGACGUUUUUUGUGGAGUAUACGGGUGUUUUGUAUGUAUAGCCGACUGUCAGUGUAAUCUGGCAACCCUGCUACACGCUAAGGUCAGGGAAGUGUUGCCGAACUGCACGUCAUUUCGCAAUGGAUCACAGUUGAAGAGACCAAAUUAUUCUUCACAGAUCGAACAAACUCCUUCGUAGUUUUUUUCUUCUUAGCGAGAUUGGUCUAAGAUUUGGUCCACAUUUUGCGUAGUAAAGCAUAAUUUCUGUCGCUAGCUAGUAGUACCGUGUUAAUCUAUAAUUUCUUUUUACAUUAAUCGAGUAGGAGGUACCGGUAUUUGACAUCAGACACGUUUUCCCAAUGGCUGUGUCAAAAUGCUCGCGACUGACCGGUCCUUUAAUAAAGCAAACUUUAGAUUCGGUGGACAGUGUACUCUUCGACUGUGAUGGUGUAAUUUGGCGAGGUGAUCAGGCCAUCCCUGGCGCCUCUGAUGUAAUCAACCUGCUAAAAAAGUCUGGAAAGAAAGUGUUUUUCAUCACCAACAACAGCACUAAAACUAGAAAGAUGUAUGCAGACAAGCUGGCUUUGAUGGGAUUCAAAGUAACCGAAGAUGAGGUGUUUGGAACGGCUUACUGUUCCGCCAUGUACCUUAAAAACGUGUCCAAACUGCAGGGGAAAGUAUAUCUCAUAGGAAGUAAUGCAAUGAGGCAGGAACUGGAGAAGGUUGGCAUCCAGCAGAUAGGUGUAGGGCCUGACCCGAUAUCAGGUGUUCAGGUUGAUUGGGCCAAUGUCCCCCUGGACCCUGAGGUGAAGGCUGUAGUUGUUGGUUUCGAUGAGCACUUCAGUUACAUGAAACUGAACAGAGCCCUUCAGUACCUCAACAACCCCAACUGUCUUCUUGUGGGAACAAACACUGACACCAGACUACCGCUGGAAGGAGGCAAAGCUGUUCCAGGGACAGGCUGUAUCCUGAAGGCCGUAGAGACGGCAGCCCAGCGCCAGGCCCAGACUGUCGGCAAGCCCAACCACUUCAUGUAUGACUGCGUGGCCAGCCAGUUCGACCUGGACCGCGACCGCUGCCUCAUGGUGGGCGACCGCCUGGACACGGACAUCCUUCUGGGGUCCAACUGUGGCCUGAAGACCCUGCUGACCCUUACUGGGGUGUCCACUGUGGCCGAUGCCGAGGCCCAUCAGAAGAGUGGCUGUCCAGAGCGCCUGGGGAUGGUGCCUGACUACUAUGUCGAGAGCAUUGCCGAGCUUCUGCCUGCUCUGCAAGGAUAACAAGCCAGGGGCCUGGGAAAUAAUAGGUUUUUAUCUCAAUGAGAUUAGAGCCCAGGAGCGAUAAUAAUUACUAAUAAAUUGUAAAAGGCUGUUGUGGACUGUGUCUGAAUACGCCGUGUGUUUUCAGGUAGCUACAGAGCCAGCUAUAACUGCUAUUAUAAUACUAAGACUGAUGAAACAAACCAAUAUAAAAUAGUUUUAUGUGCAGUCUAGCAAGGCUUAAUGGAUAUUCGUCAGAGGUUUACAGUAUUUACUUGUGGUUUUUGGCUGUUAAAGGAAAUGAUAGGAAGGGCUACAUGGAUUAAUAACCUGCCCUGCACAUACAGUGACCUUCCAGGUCAAAAGCUAGCCACUCCUGAUUUAUGAUGGGAACAUUUUAAUUGAUUAUUUAUUAUUUUUGCUGUUGGUUGAAAAGGGACUAAUGCAAGAUCUGUGUCUUUUUGUCCCAAUGUACCAAUGAUCUCAGGCAUGGUCAGGGGAAAUGUGUUAACACUGUUCUUAAGAUAGUUCCCCCUUAUCUGUGUGCAUACAUUCAUAAUCACAAGACUGAGAGCUAUGAAGAAAUGCAGUGUCCUGUUUUGCACUGACAGUUAUACAGGAAUUAUAUAUUGUAUGUUCUCUUCUGUCAUGUUGACUGCACCAACGCUGUGUUGUCUUUAAUGCAGCUUACAUUUCCCUUCCACCUGAGGGUAUACUGUGUUACCCUGUAAUAUUGUAUCCUGAUGUAAAUUUAGAUAUUGGCCAGCAUUUUGUUCCCAUUAAAUUUGAAGUUUCUAGAGUUGCCGCAUAAUCAAUUGUCAUGAGAAGUAAAACAAAUUUUUGUCUUCCUAGUAUAUAACUCUCUAUAAUAAAUUAAAAACAAUGUAUGUACUCCCGAUAAAUUAGUCAAACCAUAAUAUUCUGUCUUUGAGAACAGUAUUUACCUCUUGUCAAGGAAAUCGAACACGGAUGAUAAAAUAAACAAAUUCUCCUAA